CUUUGAGAUCUCGCGAGUUUCCUCUUUGUAUUGUAAACCAUAUAUUAUUUGAUGAAGAAAACGUGUGGUCGGAUUCCUAUAUCCAUUAAAAUAUAUUCAAUUAUACGAGAUAGCGAAUUUUUUUUGUCAUCUAGUUCUGAGUUAGAAGACAAAUAUGUCUCACUUUUCGUCAGGCAUUCUCGGAGGACGCCCGAUUCUAGCCCCAAUGCAUUCUGGUGCUGUCCCCGCUCUUCUGUUGGGAUUCACCGCUAACGUGAAGCUGUGGUGAAGACCCAGAGUUUCUUCAGACAUGUCCGUGAGGGAAUCCUUUAACCCCGAAAGCUAUGAGCUGGACAAGAACUUCAGACUCACACGCUUUGCUGAGCUCAAGGGCACAGGCUGCAAGGUGCCCCAAGAUGUGUUACAGAAGCUGCUAGAAGCCCUUCAGGAGAACCACUAUCAAGAGGAUGAACAGUUCCUGGGGGCAGUUAUGCCCCGAUUAGGCAUAGGAAUGGACACAUGUGUGAUCCCUCUCAGACAUGGAGGCCUUUCUCUGGUCCAGACAACAGAUUACAUCUACCCCAUUGUGGAUGACCCCUACAUGAUGGGAAGAAUUGCUUGUGCCAAUGUUUUAAGUGACCUGUACGCCAUGGGAGUAACAGAGUGUGACAACAUGUUGAUGCUUUUGGGAGUCAGCAACAAAAUGUCAGAGAAGGAGAGGGACAAAGUCAUGCCACUAAUCAUCCAGGGAUUCAAGGAUGCAUCAGAGGAGGCAGGCACAUCUGUAACAGGUGGACAGACAGUGCUCAACCCCUGGGUGGUAAUGGGAGGAGUUGCUACAACAGUCUGCCAACCCAACGAGUUUAUCAUGCCAGACAAUGCAGUGCCAGGAGACGUGUUGGUGUUGACCAAGCCACUUGGAACACAAGUGGCCGUUGCAGUACACCAAUGGCUAGAUAUUCCUGAGAAGUGGAACAAGAUCAAGCUGGUGGUAACCCAGGAGGAUGUAGAGCUGGCCUACCACGAAGCCAUGAUGAACAUGGCUCGACUCAACAGGACAGCGGCUGGUCUCAUGCACACCUUCAACGCUCAUGCAGCCACGGACAUCACAGGGUUUGGCAUCCUUGGCCAUGCUCAGACGUUGGCACGGCAACAACGAAGUGAGGUGUCAUUUGUUAUCCACAACCUCCCAGUGCUCGCCAAGAUGGCCGCCGUUUCCAAGGCCUGUGGGAACAUGUUUGGACUCAUGCACGGCACCUGCCCUGAAACAUCAGGAGGCCUGCUUAUCUGUCUGCCUCGGGAGCAGGCUGCCCGCUUCUGUGCCGAGAUCAAAUCCCCAAAAUACGGCGAGGGCCACCAAGCGUGGAUCAUUGGGAUUGUAGAGAAAGGAAACCGCACUGCUCGCAUCAUAGACAAACCGCGGAUCAUAGAGGUGGCACCACAAGCAGCCACACAGAAUGUCAACCCAACUCCCGGUGCAACUUCUUAAUCCACCUUUGCUGCAUCAUAAACCGGAAGCCUAAUGCUCUGCUGAGUGUUUUUAGACACAUAAACUACAAAACCAUCCUAGAGUCUUGAAAUAUAUACACAACAUAGUAUGUACACAGAAAAGACUGGGUUGGCGUGUAUCUACAUGAAAAACAGCCCCACACAGUGGCCCAAGAGGCAUGUCAUCACCUAGUGGACUCAACCUGCAGUAUCCCCAUGAUAAAAAUUGGUAAGAAUUGGAGCAUACUUAAAGUCCAUUUGCCUUUCAUGUCUGUUGUAUUCUGUUAUGUUAAAUGUUUGUGAUUGGCAGACAGCUUCUGAUAAGAGAGUGAUGAUGAUGAUGAUGAUGAUGAAGACAAUAAUGUGAUACUGUUGAUUCAUUUUGAAUCUAAAGAAGUCUGGUGUCUGUUGCCUCUUAGGGUCUUUUAAAAUUGCUCUCAUCAAGCAAGCGGACCGCAUGAUGGUGUUUUUGUUUGUCCAUUCACUUUGUACAGUUAUAAAGCCUAGUUUUAGUUCAUUGCUGUAACCGAUGCCUUGAAAGAAACAGAGUGCGACCAGAAUGGUUUGUUUUUUUAUUACUUUCACUUUUUGUAUUGUCCCCACCUCAACUAAUAAAUAUUCAAAUAGAA